AAGACACGUCUAGUUGCAGCUACAACAACAACAACUACUACAACAACAUGAACUUUUGCUUUCUGUUUUGCAGUUUUUGAAAAAUAAAGGAACAUUAUUCAUUUGAUUGAGGAUUGAAAAGAAGAUGCCUAAGAAAGGAAAGAAGCCAGCAUGGGGUGCAAGACCUGAUGUUGGACCAAAACCUAAUCAAGAUGUAUGCAUCUCAGAAGAAGUAAAGAUAGGGAUAAACCUAGCUAUUGAAAGAUUCAGGAUGGAUGAUACACAAAAAGAACUGGAGUUCCCUACAUCUUUAACAGCAACUGAGCGUGCAUAUAUACACAGAGUGGCUGAUGAAUUGCAUUUGAAACACAAAAGUAAAGGGCAAAAAGCGUCUCGGUAUCUUGUCCUCGCAAAGAAAGAUGUAGGCUCUAUGACUAGUAGAAGUGCGACAUUUCAGUUGGUUCGUAACUCCCUAUACCAGGUUAGCAAUAUGCUACACAGGUUUCCAGUCAGCAGUAAGGAACGUCUUGAAUUGCUACCUAGCACAGAUAAAAGUCAAGUAAAUGAAGUGUCAAAGGAGCUGGCCUGCACGGCUACGGGGCGUCUAAAUAAUGGUAUACCACAGGUCCCUCCCAUGAAAGGACCUUCAGACCUACAACAGUUCACAAAAACCCUUCCCAUUAAUCAGUAUAAAGAUGAAAUAAUGAAAAUGAUAAGAGAGAAUCAAGUUUGCUUAAUCUCUGGUGAAACUGGAUCUGGAAAGACAACUCAGGUUCCACAAAUGAUUCUAGAUGAAUGUCAUCAGAAGAAACAAGCGUGUAGGAUAUUUUGUACGCAGCCGAGACGUUUAGCUGCUCUCAGUAUCUCAGACCGUGUGGCGGCUGAGAGAAAGGAAGAUGUCGGGCAAACCGUAGGAUUUCAAAUAAGACUUGAAAGCCGGGUAUCUCCUAAGACUCUGUUGACAUUUUGUACAAAUGGCGUGCUGUUACGUACACUGAUGGGCAGUUCAGAUGCUUUAAGUACGGUGACCCAUGUCAUUGUUGAUGAAGUACACGAGAGAGACAAGUUUUGUGACUUUCUGAUGAUAUCUCUAAGAGACAAAGUCCGCAAGAGGCCAGAUCUUAAGGUCAUACUGAUGAGUGCAACAUUAAACACGGAAUUAUUUGUCAAGUACUUCGACAAUUGUCCUUCCAUAUGUGUUCCUGGCAACUUAUUUCCAGUGGAAGAAUUCUUUCUUGAGGAUGUGCUGAAAUGGACAGCUUACACUAAUAGAAAGAUGGAAAACUACCGCAGAGAACUAGAUCAAAUGGCUGCACAUACUGAGCAGUUAUCUAAAUGGUGCAAUCAAGAUCCGGACACUGUUGAUCCUCGCCUUCUGUUAUCAAGGAAACGGAAGAAGAGGAAGCAGGUUUUACCCGGCGUAUGUGCCGACAUUGACCUCGAUUCAUCUAGUAGUGACUCAGAGAGGGAACCGGAUGAUCGUGGUGACCUUACACAACAGUUAUCCAGUCUUGGUCUGAGCAAGGAGAAGGAGAAAGACGAGCUGGAGCCAUGGUUGAUACAGGAGAUGGACCAGUGUCUGUCAGAGAUAUGGUUGUCGGGAUCCGAGGAAAAAUUCCCACAGGUUUUCUACCUCAUAGCUUCAGAAAAUGUCAGUGUUGAUUACCAGCACAGUGAGACAACAGUGACCCCAUUGAUGAUAGCUGCAGGUCGAGGGUUCAUAGACAUAGUGGACCAGCUCCUUACCCUCGGAGCCGAUCCUACUGUCAAGUCAUCAAAUGACUGGACCGCACUCGACUGGGCAAAAAAAUUUGAGUGGACUGAAAUCGCCUCCCUGUUAGAGACACAUAUGUUAGCAUGUGAGAUUGGACCUGAACACAAGGAUCUUGAUAUAGAGGACGAUGAAGAUAUCUCGGAGGAAGAUAAGAAGAUGUUAACAGUAUACCAGCAUUGUUGGGAUGAUGAUAAAGUUGAUAUAGAACUCAUUGCACGUCUACUGUAUCUAGUAGUUUCCACACAAUCUGAUGGUGCAGUACUGAUAUUCUUGCCUGGAUAUGAUGAAAUUAUCUCCCUUAGGAACAGAAUAGAAGAUGAUGAUAAGUUUAAAAGAAUCAGAUAUUCAAUGUUCCUUCUACAUUCAUCAAUGCAGUCAGCAGAUCAGAAAAAAGUGUUCAAACCAGCAGCUGCUGGGUUCAGAAAAAUAAUUUUAGCAACAAAUAUAGCUGAAACCAGUAUUACAAUCAAUGAUGUUGUCUAUGUUAUCAACUGUGGUAAAGUCAAAGAGAAAACAUUUGAUGCACUGUUAAAGAUAACUAUGUUGAAAAGUAAUUGGAUAUCUAAAGCUAGUUCUACUCAAAGAAAAGGAAGGGCCGGUCGUGUACGUCCAGGUGUCUGCUAUCACAUGUACAGUAAGGUACGGUACCAUCAUUUGUGCGACUUUGCAACACCGGAACUCCUACGAUGUCCAUUACAGGAGUUAUGUCUACAGACCAAGUUGUUAUCUCCCUUGAAUGAGAGUAUAGUGGAGUUUUUAUCUAAGGCACCAGAACCACCACCAUCCCUUGUAACAAGAUCUGCCAUCUCUGUCCUGAAGCAAAUGGAUGCAUUAGAUAAUAAUGAAGAACUUACAGAACUUGGCCGUCAUUUAGCAGAUCUUCCUGUAGAACCUCACCUUGGAAAGAUGGUUCUCAACUCUAUUGUACUAAAAUGUAUUGAUCCUGUCCUCACUAUUGUCUGUUCUCUGGCUUAUAAAGAUCCAUUCUUGUUGCCACAACAACCAUCAGAGAAACGUCAAGUUGGAAUGAUUAGAAAUGACUUUUCUGCAUCAACCUUUAGUGAUCACAUGACAGUACUUAGACUGUUUCAGGCAUGGCAGAAAGCUAGGACAGAUGGCUGGGAGAGAACAUUCUGUCACAAGAACUAUGUUUCACCAGCUGUGAUGGAGAUGAUAGUUGGAAUGAGAGCACAGUUGCUCGGUCAAUUGCGGGCGUCGGGAUUUGUCCGUGCUAGAGGUGGUGGUGAUAUUAGGGAUUUGAACACAAACUCUGAGAACUGGGCAGUUGUGAAAGCAUCAUUGUGUGCGGGGGCAUACCCAAACAUUAUAAGAUGGGAUAAAUCUACUGGCAGUUUUGUUGGACAGACAGCUGAUAAAAUCAAGAUACACAUAUCAUCUGUGUUACCUCAACAAGUUGGAGUAUUGCCCACCGAUUGGCUGUUUUACGAGGAGAUGACGCGUGCAGGGAAAGGGUCGUACGGGGGCCUGGCUUGUGUACGUUGCUGCACGGUUGUCUCCCCUGCAACAGUCGCUAUAUUUGCCGGACCCUCAAAAUUACCAAGUGAUGCUUUGAAAGACACAGCAGACGAGGUUGCAGACAGUUUAAACUCGGAGCAUGGACCAACAAGCGACAGUGAAAAUGAGGAUCCCGAGGACAACAAGAACUGUACUCUGCAGUUUGGUGACUGGCUAACAUUCAAAGCUGAUGCUGAAUCUGCCAGUUUGACUCUACAGCUAAGACAGAAAUGGAACAGUUUGUUCUUAAGAAGAAUGAGAGCUCCAUCUAAACCCUGCUCUCAGAUGGAUGAGGCUGUGAUCAGUGCUGUAGUGAAUGUAUUGACCAAUGAGGAACAAGCUCUUGGCAUGCAACAACCAGCUGGUAUAGGGCAAAGACCAAGACCCAUGUCUGCAGAGAGCAUUAUGUCAGGUAGUUAUGGAGGUCAUGGUCAGAGUUCACAGUACGAUUCCUCAGAGAAUACACGGCACAGGUUUUCUACAUCCGCCAAGAAAGCCUCUGGUACACCUACUAAAAGGAGGGACUUUCUCUCACCAAAAAUAAACAAGUCGGGAGAUAAUUCUCAACACAACAGUCCAAAUCUGAGUCAGAACAGUAGUGAAAAAAGUUCACCGUACCAUAGUCCAUACAUUAGAAGUUCAGCUGCCAGCAGGUAUUUUAUCAUGAAAUGUAGUAGUCAGAGAAAUAUUGAUGUGUCAGUCAGCAAAGGCGAGUGGGCCACUUCCAAGGCAAAUGAACAAAAGCUUAACAAAGCAUUUCAGGAUGGAAGCACUGUUUACCUAAUAUUUUCAAUACAAGGCAGUGGUCAUUUCCAAGGUUACGCAAUCAUGUCGUCUUGUGUCAGUGCAGAAAGGUCAUCUGAUUAUAAUGGCCAGGGUGGGGUAUUCUCAGUUGACUGGGUUAAAAGGGGUAACCUUCAGUUUCAAGCCACUCAUCAUUUACUCAACCCUUGGAAUGAGAAUAAGAGGGUCCAGGUCAGCAGAGAUGGUCAGGAAGUAGAGCCAUCUGUUGGUGAAGCUUUAAUCUGUAUAUGGGAUGGUUUCCAAGAAAACGGCGGUAGUCAGAAUGAGGCUGUAGAACCAAAAUGGACUGGUUCCCAUCAACAUUCAAACAAUAGCAUGUCUCCAAGAGGAGCUUAUGAUGAUAGUGAAAUGUAUUCGGACUUUGGAACUGAUGGUAGUUAUGGCAACAGUAAUUCUCAGUAUGGUUACCAAGGGCAACAGUUUGGUUACCAAGGGCAACAGUAUGGUUACCAAGGGCAACAGUAUGGUUAUCAGUUUGCCCAGCAGAGAGGACCAGGCGUAUGGACAGCAAGUCUAUGAUCAGUACCAGAGCUGGGGAAGUCAAGGUGGUAACCAACCAAGAUAUAACUACAACCAGAGACAUUACAGAGGUCAAGGUCAAACUGGCUUCGGUAGCUAUGGUUACCACAAUCAGAAUGUAGAAUAUCAGAUGAGAGGAUACGAUGCAAGUUCACCGCACAACAGAAGUUCGCCAGUAAUGAUUCUUCAGAGGGGUCAUCACUCAGGAUACAGCAAGAGUAAAAAGUAGUUAGUGGUGAAUUCAUAUGUGGUGAUAUAAAUAUUUACAAGUUAAUACUAUGACUUCAUUGAAUAUUUAUUGUUAACCUACAUUGUAUAUUUAUUGUUAGCAAUGUAUUUUUUUUUCAUGAACAUUUUUUUUUCCUGUUUUCAAGAUAUAACUUACUCAUGUUAGUGUUGUUGAAAUUAUGUUUAACUUCCAUUUUCAGUUAAAAAAAAUAAUGUUUAUUGUUCAUUUAAAAAAACAAAACAAUGUUUAACCUCCAUUUUAAAGAAAAAAAGUUUAAUCUCAUUUUCAAAGAAAAAAAGUUUAAUCUCAGGUUUCAAAGAAACUAAAUGUUUUAAUCUCAAUUUCAAAGGAACAAUGUUUAAUCUCAAUUUCAAAGGAACAAUGUUUAAUCUCCAUUUCAAAGAAACAAUGUUUAAUCUCUAUUUCAAAGAAAUAGUGUUUAAACUCCAUUUUAAGGAAUAUUGCUUAAUCACCAUUUCAAGAAGCAUUACGCUUUUACCAGUUUGAUUGACUUUUGUUAGUUUAUUUUUGUUACACUAAGAAAAUAUUAACAAUGAAUUAUUACUUUGCUUAGCUAAUAUGUUGUGUUCUUUUCUUGUUUUAAUUCUUAUUUUGGGGUAAACUUUUAGAAUGUUAUAGGUAGAUGUUUUGUAUUUGUUUAAAUGAUUUUAAAAAUCAAAUAUUAAGUGUUAUUUUUUUUAAAAAUUGAUAUAAAUUGAAAAAUCAACUUGGACAAAAUCGUCAGUAAGCAUUGCAUUUUUUUUUUCAGGAUUUAAAAAAAAUAAAUUUUUAUAAAAUUAUGAAAAUAAAUAUAUUAAACUCAAGAUCAUCUACUAGUAUUAUCAAAAUUAUGGCCAUUUCAUAGGCGUUUUAGGACUAUGAGAUUUAUUAUAGUUAUAUAAGUAUACAUAGGCAUUUUAGGAUUUUUUUUAUAAAAACGACUUACAUAAGCAUGCAAAUUGUAAUCAUUAUAAUCAUGUAAUGCAUCCUAUAUUUUUUUUUCCGCUCCAACAAUAUUUUGUUGGAGAAUUAUACUUGCCAUCUGUCCUCCCAUCUAAUUUACUCACCAUUUGUAUAUUAUAUUAUAUCAUAUUAUAUUAUAUAUUAUCACCAUUUGUCAUAGCAUCGUGAUUUACUUACUGAAAUCAUAAACACAUAAAGUACGAUGGUCCCUCCCCCACAGUAUGUCAACCUUUAAAGCUUCUAACUCAACAAGUGUUUCAAAGGUUUAAAGUUAUAUUAAGAUGAAAGUGCCAAAUCUUUAUUAUUAUUGAUAGCAAGAAACAUUAAGAAAAUAAAACAUAUAUUUAGUCGCAAUUAGUGAAUUACUGGAUUCAAAAUUCAUAGGUCUCCAUUUGUAAUUUUAACAUGAUUGAUGAAAUGUUCGGGGUCUGUAAUCACAGUGCCUAAAAGGGCUGAUGGACCCUUAUCAAGUCUAGAGCACACACAGAGAGAAACAUAUUAAUUACCUAGCACCAUGUAGACAUUUAAACCUGUAGUGUAUUUUUAAUCUAUUGAUGACAUUUUGAUGUUGUUUUUUUUUAAAAAAAGGAUCAAACCUUUGCUGUAUGGGAUAGUAGCUUUAAGGAUUUCAGGUUGAUUUGAUCAACGUCAGGGGUCAAUAAGAUUUUCCUUCUUUUAUGACCCAACUUAGGGAUGGGGCUAGGGGGAGGGAUAUAGAUUUGCCAUUGUCCAUUCAUCUGUUAUGCUGUCAAAAAAAAACAACAGUGGAAUUUCGGGGACAUCAGUGUCCUAAGGACAAAUUUAUAGUUUAUAUAGUAUGGCCACUUUUUACCUUUAUUGAAGCAUUGAUAGGGUGGAUUGAGUGUUGUGAGUGAUGUUCUUGUUCUGAUUGCAUUUUUAUACAUUUAGUAUAUGCUUUAAUGUGUUCUUUAUAAGUUUAUGAUGAAAUCCGUCCAAAUAUAUUUCAUACAUUUCUUUACUGUCAUGCGUAAUUAGAGCCUGGCAAGACAGGGGUAAAGUUGUUUACUUGUGACAAGUGCUUACUGCAGGUUAAUUUAGGUUUUAUUUUGUUUAUAAUAAUAAACACAUAUAAGUUGUUGCUGAUGGUUUAGGCAGUAUUGUAUUUAAUCAGAGCUUCCAUUAAGUUUCAAAAUUUAGAAAUCAGAGACUGCGAAUUGUCUGACACUGGAAGUCACAUUAUAUGAGCCGCGUCAUGACAAAACCAACGUAAUGGGUUUGCGACCAGCAUGGAUCCAGACCAGCCUGCGCAUCCGCGCAGUCUGAUCAGGAUCCAUGCUGUUCGCUUACAAACCCUAUUACAAGUAGAGAAACUGAUAGCGAACAGCAUGGAUCCUGAUCAGACUGCGCAGUGAGCAGGCUGGUCUGGAUUCAUGCUGGUCGCAAACCCAUUAUGUUGGUUUUGUCAUGACGCGGCUCAUAUAGGUAAAGAAGGAGGAAGUAACAAGCCAAAAUCAAGCCCAAAUUCCACUAAUGGAAGCCCUUUUCAAUAUUUCUGUAAAUUUAUAAGAAUCAAAAUGACUUACUUUCGUUGACUAUAAUGGCUGGAAGAUUGGAUGAAGACAAAAUUGAAUUCAUGAGCUAUUAAAUUGUUUUUACCCGAGCAAUAAAGUCAUAUUUGAAACACUUGUUAAUCAUAAGUAAAUAUUUCCUAUGUUGACAUAUGAAUGAAAUCUUAGUUGUUAAAAAAGGGCAAAAUGAGGAAUAAUGUAUUAGAUAUAAUGAUUUUAGCCGCAAUAUGAUACUAUUUAACCCUUAGUCUAAUGGCAGCAACCGAAUUCACCCAUGGGACCAGUGCAGAACAAAAAGAAAAAGCCAGCACAUGGUUCUAUUCCCUCUGUCAUGAUAUGCUAUGUUGGCUAUACAAUUUGUACUUAUUUGAAAAUUUCCCUGAAAAGAAUAAAUGGUUUUUGUUCAGAUUGAAAGAUUGUCAAGCCCAUUUAAGAUAUUUAGCUUGGUAAAUGUAAGAUUACUGAACAUUGAAUAAAUUAUUAUUGCUAUGAUGUGUUGUUUAUAAUAAGUUUGUUGACUAUAUUGUUUAUUGAUGAUUGUGUAAAAGUUUUUAUAUUGAAAUGCUUUGAAAUUAUUUCAUUAAAUAUUUUAUUUGUUUAAUAUCAAACUUAAAUUAGGACAAGUCCAUUAUUCAGCUUAACCUCCUGAAUUUAUAAAAUGGACUCUUCCAGCAUUCAUUUUUGGAACUGACCUUUAUCAACUUUGGCAAUAACAAGAUGAAAAUUCAAAAUUAGUUACCUAUCAGUAUAAAGCAUUGUCAGCCUGUAAGGAAGUACGGGCUGGCCUGGCUCUAUACUGGUGGCAAAGGUAAAUAACUUUUGGUUACAGCAGGUUUUAGAUUAAUUAUGCUUAAAUAGACAUUCAUUAAGACCUUUCAAAAUAGACUCUAUGUCUCUAAACCAUAAUUUUAUCUUUCUUUGCUUCAUAGAGCUUGAUUUUUGUUUAAGUAAAUUCUCUUUUUCUUUGUUUUUUUAUGUCUUUUUCUUUGUUUUUUAUUAGAAUGAUAUUUGUUUGUGUCUAGUCCGAAUUUAUAGAUGUUUGUAAAAUGAGUGUUUAGAAAUGUUGCAAUGUUUGCUUAUUUACAUAUUUUUAACAAAUGAACAUUUCAUAAUUCAAAUAGUUAUAGUUGUGCAUUUAAAAGAUGCAACAUGAUACAAAGGCAAUUCCAUACAACAGUGCAUUAAACAUACUCUAUUUUCUUGCCAUGUCAUUUUUGUCAAACAUAGACUAAAAACAUCAUUAUGUAUAGAAAAUAACUAAAUACUAGUAAGACAUAAAUAAGGCUAAGUUAGAAUACAUUUUUGGUUUAAACGUAUUUUUAUUCAAGAUAUAUACACAUGUUAAUAAUAAUUUACAAUUUAAAGCAAAAAGGAAUUGAACCGAGAGCUACAAUAGCUCAUGCUAGUCGUCUCCUUUAAAAUAAAGGAAAUGCCUUAAUCUGGUCAGUCUCAAAAAUAUUGACCAGAGCAGAGAGUUUUUAAAAAUUAACAAGAUUGUCAAAUCACAAAGUAACUUCGGGUUUUAGGACAGUGUUACAGUAUUAUUUGUUGACCAUAAACUUUGAAACAUUAUAUGUUGCUUUUUGCAAUUUACUAGAUAUGUGUUUAUAGAAAGUUUGCUUUUUUAUGCAUUUAUUAUUAACAAAUGGUGUUUGAAAGUUAAAGGUACCUACACCAGUCAGUCAAUUGUCAGCAUAAUUAUCUCUUUCACAGGAAGACUUUUUAGUAUUACCAGCUCUUUCUAAGACGUCGGUAGUUGUGAAUAUCGCAUUACUUAAGCUGUACUUUGCUUCAAAUUGUUCUGUUUAUCUAAAGAUAUACAUAUAUCUUGGCAUUUAAAUUCUUGUUAUAAUAUCUUGUUAUAUUAGCCAGGACAUCAGUGGCUGAGUUGUUCAGGUGUCUGACGUCAAAUCACUUGUCCCUCCUUGUUUUAAAGUCCUAUCUUGGCAGAAUUCUUUGAACUAAGGGAAUUAUCUAGCACGUAGGUGAUUUUACGCAGCUUCCCGCUUGAGCUAAACUAAAGUAGAUUUUACCAUAUGACCUUUACAACGUAUGUAUGACUUAAUAUACAGUAAACUCCGCUUAUAACGUUAUUCAGGGGAACGUCGAGUUUACGUUAUAUCCGGAUAUCGAUAUAUCCGAGAGGCAACCAAUUUGA